AUGACUCUUCUUAGUUAUCAUCACAUUCUUUGUCAUUUCUUUCUGAAGGAGUUUGAUUGGCCAAUAGAAGGACUGCUUAUUCCAAACAGUCCUCCCAUGAAGAAAUUCAUCUGUAAGACCCCGGAGCUGUGUGUUCCUGUGAGGCUCAGAGUUCUGCGGAAUGGAGAUAAGAAUAAAAAUAGAACCUUUGUUAUAAUUGGUCCAGAUAUCUCACCUGGACGGAAAAUGCAGUGCACUGAAAUUUUAAAUUUACCUUCUGCAGCUCGGAGAUUGUUCAAUGAAAAGGGAAAGGAGAUCUUUGCCCUAAAAGACCUUCAAAGAGAUGAACUGGUAUACGUUUCAUGUGGAGAACAUUGGAUCAAUCCUGAAGUGUCCAUUGCUCAGCAAAAGAAAGAAAUCUUCCUGAGAAACUUAGCAUCAGAUAUUUCUAAAAUUCAAACUUUCUGCAGUAUACGUAAGAUAGAGGCUCUUGUUUUAGAAGUCCAAAGUGACAUCGUGUCUGGAGCCAAGCUUGCUGUGCAUAAGCCUGUGGCAAUUUUUGGAGAAGAGAAGCAAAUGAUAGGACCAAAGGAAAAGCAAAUGCAAAAAAAUGCUUUAACAACGGAAAAGGCUUCCAGUGAAAUUCUAGAUUCACAUGCAAGAGCCCAUCUCCGAAUGGAAGCUUGUCACACACUUCUCAGGUAUGCCUGGCAGGAAACUCCUCAUGACUUUGAUGAGGAUGCCAGUCUUCCAAAGAAAAUGGAAGAAGAACUCUUUGAAAAUGUGGAACCACAGAAGAAAUACAGCCAUUCUCCAAAGCAGAGUAAAUUGCAGAAGCUUUGCCACCAGCAGUUUGAAUACAGAGAUGGGCAAAUUAUAAGCUGUGCCGCUCCUCAGCUAGUUUUGGGAGUUCGAGGUCCUGAUCUGCGCUCAGGCAUGGAGGUGGUUUUGGUGGAGAAAAAAAUGGAUGGUAGUCAUCAACGGUGGAUGCACAAGGAAGGCAGCAGGACCUUUCACCUGGUGAGCAACCCAGACCUUGUGCUGGCAGUGUCUAUGACCAAAACAAGAAAUGAAGCCUGUGGCUAUCCAGUUAUUGUUCAGAAAUAUAAACCAUAUAACAAUGGGACGUCCAAUCAAAAGUGGAAUUAUGUGGAAAAUACCAAAGCUUUUUUGGCCUUUCAUAGCACUGCAUUGGAUAAGGAGAUCACAGCAGCAAAUUAUGCUGGUAUUUGUACAUCCUCUGUGAUUAAAGAGGAAAACAUUGAUCAACCAGGAUACUAUUAUCUCUCAACCACUGGAAAGAAAAAAACAACGCUCUGCUUAGCAUGUGGACAAACGAGGAGAGCAGAGAAGGGGCUCAAACAGUUGCGUCCAGGACUGCCAUUCCUCUGUGCCUCGGGUUGUAAGACCCGGAUGCCAUUCUCACGAGGGCCUUUCAAGGUCAUCAGUGUGGCAGAGGCUGAUUUAUCUUCUUAUGAGGCUGAGAAAACGCUCAGUUAUUAUGAAGAAUGUCUAUUAUCUUUACGGAUGAAGACCUGCAUGCAAGUUGUAUCACAUAGUGGUACAUCAGCUAUGCACCAGAAGGCAGUGAAAAUAAUUGCAUACAAAAAUGGAGAUGGAUAUCGAAAUGGGAAGUUAAUUGUGGCCAGAACAUUCCCCACACUUCUUACAGAAUGCACGGAGCAACUUGGUCUCACCAGAGCAGCCUCCAAAGUAUAUACCAAAGAUGGAACCGCAAUCCUUUCCUUACGUGAUUUGGUUUUAUGGGCUCUAAAGGAAUCUUUCAUCCAGAGAAACACUGAGGAACAAAAGAAAGAGGCAGUGUCUGUUCGAACAAAGGAGACAACUAUUAAAAAAAACUCAAGAAUGAAAGUGAAAACCAAAUUGUGUCCGAAGUCUGUGACAUCCAGUAGUUUGGAUGGUAGAGAUAAGUCUUUGCUCACUCUCGUCCUCAGAAAUCCCAUUGCCAUCUGGGUAUCUUGCGGUGAACCAUUUCUAUCUCCGAAGGCUUUGCAGAAAGCCCAAAAAUUAGAAAAACAGAACUGGCUAAAAAAGGACAAAAUUUUGGCUGAUCUAGACACCAUGAAACACAAAAUGAGACUGUUAAAAGGGCGGCGAGUAACAGCAUGUCAGCCAGCCGCCAUGGUUCCCAACAAAAGCCCCGUGCAGCCGGUGGUGGUGGAGGGAGGCUGGACUGAGCAGACUCAAGAGGAAAUUAAACUCAUGGAACUCAUAAGACAUACAGAGGCGCACCUUUCUGCGGUUCAAGAACUGCAAGUCAAGAGGAAUUCUCCAGUUGAAACUGCACAUCCCGCACUCAGGUACUGCAGCCUGUAUCAGCAGCCGGAUGCAAAAAGAGUAUGGAUUCAUCUAAAUGGAGGCCGACCUGAAGAUGGCACUUACGCCUGGGGCAAAACUAUUUCAGAGCUGCUGGAUGACUGCUCCUCACGUCUUAAAUUGGCCCGCCCAGCCAGAACACUGUACACCCCCAGUGGAGAACCAAUUCACUCGUGGGACGACAUAGAACGAGACAUGGUCAUCUGUGUGUCCACAGGACGUGGCUUUAUAACCCAAAAAGAGUUAAAGCAACUGAUGGAGGUCAGAGCAAAUUAUGCCAGAAUCCGAAGGCAGCAGGGCCCCGAAGCCACAAACAUCGUGGCAUCACAACCUGACAAGCUGCAAUUUCCGAUAGAAGGUUCAGUCAACCCACUGGAUCCAUUAGGUCCUGCCUUUUCAGUCCUAGAAGUUUCGAACCUGGGAAAGAAUACUGGCAUUUUAGCCAUGGUGUGGAUUCUCAAGAUGUCAUCUCUGUCAGACCAACUGAGGCAGUUGGGCAGUCAGACUCUACGUGCCACCACCAGCAGCUAUAUUUUAGAGGAAAUUUCCCAAAGGCAUACUCUCCAUAAGUAA